AACUAAAGCCUGGAUUCAACUCCUACUUAGGAAUGAUUCAUUGGCUUUCCUGCCCUAACAAGGAAAGGAAACAACAGGCAUGGAGAUGAUAGGGUUUUCCGAGAAUCAGGCUGACAGCACUUGGAAAGGGGUGCUUGGAAAACCUGUAAAUUCAUCUUAUCCUUCUUCUUCAAAGACUACAAUCAGUGAGUCAACAGCAGAUUUCUACCAACAUGAAAAUCAGACGGGGAUUUUUGAAAGUAGCAGUGAGAAGUAUGUGAUACUGGGUUCUGAUUCUACUUCUUGGCAAGAUCAAAACAUGUUGCCUCUAGAUGAUUUUUCUUUGAGGUGUGUGCUUCCAUGUCAAGGAAAUGAAAGGCCAAGUCAAGGGCUUUCUCUUUCUCUUUCUUCAACCAAUCCCAACAGUAUUGGGUUGCAGUCUUUUGAACUGAGACAGAAUAAUCAGAACAAUAUUAUUCCACAUGGGUUGUUGGGAAAAGGUGGAAAUCAUCAAGGCCAAUUUCAUCUGAUGAGGAAUUCAAGGUACUUGCGUCCUGCUCGGGAGGUUCUGAAUGAGUUUUGCAGUCUUGGAACUUAUAAGCAGAUGAUGGAUGCGGUACCAAAGCAAAAGCACAAGAACAAACAGUGGCAUGAUGAGCAUGGAAGCAGUCCUUCAAGAAACCAAUCACUUCACUUACUUGAUUUCAUUGAAUUACAGAAAAGAAAAACAAAGCUGCUCUCAAUGCUAGAAGAGGUGGACAGAAGAUACAGGCAUUACCGUGAUCAAAUGAAGGCAGUGGUAUCUCCCUUUGAGGCAGUUGCCGGAGCCGGAGCAGCCUCGGUAUACUCAGCCCUAGCUUGCAAAGCUAUGUCAAGGCAUUUCAGAUGCUUAAAGGAUGGAAUUGUGAGUCAGAUUCAGGCUACUAAGAAGGCCAUGGGGGAGAGAGACCCAGUUGUACCGAGUAUUACAAAGGGAGAAACCCCAAGGCUGAGAAUUCUGGACCAGGCCUUGAGACAACAAAGAGCAUUUCAACAGAUGAGCAUCAUGGAGAGUCAUCCAUGGCGACCACAAAGAGGGUUGCCCGAAAGAUCUGUCUCGGUUCUCCGAGCUUGGUUGUUCGAGCAUUUUCUUCAUCCGUACCCAAGUGAUGUUGAUAAACACAUCUUAGCUCGCCAAACAGGUCUCUCAAGAGGCCAGGUAUCCAAUUGGUUCAUUAAUGCAAGGGUGAGGUUAUGGAAGCCAAUGGUGGAAGAAAUGUACUUGGAAGAGAUUAAGGAACAAGAAAACAACAUGGCCUCCUCCGAUGGACUUACUGACGGUAAUGUCGACAGACAGAACCCUCUACCGGAACAGAAACCGACUGCCGACCAGCUAGGCCGAGUCGCUGAGUCCGAAUGUCUGUCUUCCAUCGUUUCAAACCCCGACAAAACUGACCCUAAAGCCACCAAAACCCUUCAAAACCACCACAUGCAUCCACAACAAGCGUUUGGGGUAUAUGGUGCAGCUGCUGCUGCUAUGGAAUUAGACUUCUCUUCCUACAACCACCAUACCGUCAGUGGGGUGUCUUUCUCGGGAGAGAAUAAUGCUAACCACAAUAUCAACGGUGGAUCAGGCGUGUCGCUGACGUUAGGGUUACAGCACCACGACGGAGGUGGGGUCAGCCUGGCGUUGUCACCGGCAUCACAAAACUCUUUCUUUUACACCAGAGAUCACAUUGAAGAUUGUCAACCGGCGCAGUACUCACUGUUAGACGGAGAUGGGCAGCACUUACCCUACCGGAACUUGAUGGGGGCGCAUCUCCUUCACGAUUUGGCCGGAUGAUUGAUGCAAUGGGUUCCUAUAAAAUAGAAUAAUGGAGAUGGAAGAUAAGUAGUAUAGUUAUAGAGAUGCAUAAAAACUCUAUACUUAAAAUAAUACAUAAAUUUACACUUGGGGUUAGGCAUACCGUACGUGGAGCUAAUUAGUUAAAUGGAGGAAGGUAGUACGUAGUUUAGUUUAUUUUACUUUUAUUUUUGAAGUCAGGGGAACAUGUUCAUUUGGAAUUGAACUCUUGUUAAAUGAUUCGAGGCUUCUACAGAUUUUUUUUUUAUAU